GUAGCGCUACUGAACACUUGCAUGCUUGGAGUCAAAGAGUAUAGGAUCUGUGCUCAAGAGCAAAGCUUGCAUGACGUUUGCAUCACGACCAGUUGAUUUUUUGACUGUUUUUUUUUCAUAACCUGCGCAAAGUAUUACAAGUGAACAUAUCGCUGAAGAAAUUUGGCGAUGGCGCUAAAAUUACAAAACUGUGCCAAGGGCGGAUAUUUGAAUGUUCUGCAAAGCACAUUGGCUCGUCAGAACCAUACAGCUGUAUUUCUAGGAGAAGUACAAAAAAGCAAUGAGGGCAACCAAAAAAAAAGUCUUCAUGCCUCAGCGUCAAAGUCCUAUCCAUCUGCUCCAGUAAUACCUCUACCCCGCAAUAUGACGCAGAUAUUUGGAAAUGAAACUGGUCGUUUCACCCCCGAGAGAGCAAGGGACAUCACAUGGCCUGUAUUAGUCCAUCAUACUAAUGCGCCCACCUGUUCUACAAAAACUGAGUUUCAAAGGUUCAGUUUUGAUGACUCUAUGGUUAAAGCAAACCGCACUGAAUUGCAUACAGAUUCUUAUGACUGUAUGGGAGCUGUGAGUCUCAAUAGCUCUAUGCAGAGCAAUGUGCCCCAACCAUUCUCAUCGGAUGGUAAAUCUAUGCACCUCAACAUGCCUGGAGGACAAUGGGGCCGAGAUGACAAAUACAUCGCUGAUGAUAUGCAAAAAUCUCACUAUGCAAAGAUCAAACCUCAGUUCUCUAAGCAAGAUUCUGGAAAAGGUGCUGACAGUAACAUCAUUGCAAGGUGCUCAGUGCUGAAUCAGAAUUUCCACUACCUCAUAGGUGGUCAUGUAAUGAAAUAUUCAACGAGUACUGGUGUGACACCAAGUGAAUCUCAAAAUACACCUAGCAAAUCAACUAGUAAUGAUAACGAGUCUGCAGUGACAAAACUUAAAAGAGCAAUUAAGGAUUAUGGAAGCACUGUUGUUGUUUUCCAUGUUGGCAUAUCAUUGGUAUCCCUUGGUACUUGUUACGUAGCCAUUUCUAGUGGUGUAGAUGUUCCAUCUCUGGUGAACACUCUGGGUCUUGUGGACAAUGCGAGUAUCCAAGGAAUCCUAUCCAAAUCAUCAACUUUUUUGAUUGCAUACGGAAUUCACAAAUUAUUUGCCCCAGCAAGGAUAUCCAUAACGCUGGCUACUACACCCUUCUUAGUCAGGUAUUUACGGAAAAUUGGAGUGCUCAAAGUAAAAUAAAAACUGAUCUAUUCUUCUACUUAUACAUACCUUACUAUAAGUAUUUUUUGGCAGCUGUAAAUUAGGGUGCAGGUAGGGUAGAGAUUUUAAAUAUAGUUUUAUUACUUACAAUUGAUAAUAGUUCUAAAACACAUGAAGUAGAAAUUUACAUCCAUGCAAUUAUUAUCAAUUGGUUGAUUAUUGGGUAGAAAUGUCUGAUGAGAAGUGUCAUCUAAAUCUCUGAAGGUUUGUUAUUUUAUCAUUUUUUUCAUAAUUAAAGCAAAUGCUAGUUAUCGGUAUAGAAAAGAAACUAUGGCAUGAGCACGUGGGUCAAGAAAUCAUUGUACUUUGAAUAUUGUAAUCUUUUUCUUAGCACCGUCUAGACUUGGAUUUGAUGUACAGUCCGUUUUUAGUAUCGUUAGAAUGGAUAACGGCCAUUAAGCGAUAGUAUAUGAUUUGCUGAUCUGCUAUGGCUGCAUAGAGCUUAUGGGAAGAAAUCCGAUUUUAUGUUAUUGUUUUGAAUAUUGUAUAUUAUUCAGUUGUUACAUUUACAUUAUUAUAUAAAAGAUUGUUAUAAUAUUGUUAUAAUUAAAACGAGACACCGUACAAAAAAUAUUACUUAUUGUUAGUAUCAAUAAUAUUCCUUAUGAUGAGUCACAAAAUGAGAUAUUUUUUAUAUUAUUUGUUUCUUUCUAAAUUUUCCAUUUCCACCAGGCGCAAUUUGUCCAAGUAACACACUUAUGAAUAAAUAGAAAAUGAAUUGCAUUAUGGGCAAAUAAAAACAUAGACUCUUUUCAGCCUUCAUUAACAUACCGAUCCUCGGCUACUGGGUGAAUUGAAAAUAAAUUAAAAUUUUUACGAAAGUAUUUGGAUGAAUUUGUAUCGGAGCAAGGGAAAAAGUUUAACAUGGUUUCACUAAAAUUCUACAUGUGUGAAAUUUUAUUAUUACUAAUAAUAAUAAUAAGAAUGAUACUCAUAAUGAUGAUGAUGAUGAUGAUAAUAUAAUACGAUACCAACGAAAAUAAAAGAGCUAUUCUCUUCGGAUGAGCACUGUUGAUUUAUGAUUGUGAAAAAAUAAUAAAAAAAUAAUGAAGUUGUUCUAAUAAGGUGUCGUUGACAAAUUUGGCAUGUAAUCAAAUCGAUUAUGGGAAUACCUAUGGAUUUACGACCAAAUAUAUAGAUGUGGCAGUGUAUUGUAACGAUACAUAUGUAUAAAUACAACCUUUUUAUGCCUGA